AUGGGCGGCAUUGGAAUUUGGUGCAUGCACUUUAUCGGUAAUCGUGCCAUCGUCCUCGGAAACGGCGAGAAAGACAUUCAAAUUCUUUACAAUGUCGCUUUCACCGGAACCUCCUUCGUACUCCCGGUGAUCGUGUUACUCGUUGCUUUCUAUUCAGUCGGCGUCGAAGAAAAGGCAUCAUAUGUUCGCAUUUUGACCGGAGGAUUGUUAACGGGAAGCUCAGUCUGUGGCAUGCAUUACGUGGGUCAACUCGGUAUUGCGAACUAUAAAUGUUCAUACCACCCUGCGAACGUCGUCGGCUCUGCCAUCAUCGCUAUUUUCUCUAGUACUGCGGCUCUUGGAAUCUUUUUCCGAUGGAGGGCAUCCUGGACCGAUAGCUGGUGGCGCCGUGGAAUCUGCGCAUGUUUACUCGCAGCGGCGGUUUCCGGAAUGCAUUGGACGGCUACUGUUGGUACGACCUACAAAGAGCGCGAUACAUCCAUGAAGAAUGGAACUCAGCUAUCUCGAAGCCAAGUCGUUAUUAUCUGUGCCGUUUUGGCCUGCGUCUCCUGUGUGAUUUUAUCCGCCUGUGCGAUUGUCGCUGGUGGAAACAGAAGAAGAUCAACAACACGCGCCCACCAGCUUGUCCUCGCGUGUGCAUACUUCGAUCCAGCUGGUCGAGUCAUGGUCACUCCACAAGCUCUUCUUCCCACCAAGAAGAUUGUGGACCAUUACAUCGGACGGACUUUCAAAGAUGAUGAUCUCACUCGCACCCACCCUACCUUCCUCUGGGCAUUCAGAGCCAGUCGAAACUGGGGUGUCGUGAAAGAUCUCAUCCCAUUCAUGCGAAACCGCCUUGAAUCCGAACAGCACGCCAUUCAAAAACACGUUCUGUCCAGAGGAGUUGUCAUGGACAAUGACACGGAGCUGCAGACGAAUUUUGAUACAUUAUUCAAGCAGCUGUUCUGCGUCAGUGCCCAGGAGCUCUCGAACGAACUGCGACAACCCCUGGAGGACCUUGGCACACUGUACGAUGAUGUACUCUCAACAGCAAUUCCAGUCUCCAGAUUCUCUCGUGCAAUGGGCCGCACUUCUCUGAGAACUGGCAAGGGUCAACUGAUGUUUAGCGUUCGCCAGCUCCAGAAAAAUGAGGCGAAUCGCCUGGCAUCGUCUGGUUUCCGAUUUGCAACCAUCGAGCACGUAACAGGUACACUAUCUCGCCGUAUUCAUGUGCCAGAGGUGCAACUCCUCGAUCACCUUCGCGAUAUGCGCGACUAUGCGUCAUCCAACCGGGGCUUCUCAGAAGGAGUCCACCUCAUCUCAUUCGUUAUGCGCCCUACCGUCCAAGACCAUUUCGAAAUCCUCACUACCAAAGGAACUGGAAAUCCCCUUCCCUCAGCUACCUUGCCGAUCAAGAGACUGAAUGUCCAACAUUUGGACCUCCUUUCUCACUUGGAGGGAUGGUCAAUGAGCACCUGUCUCAAAUAUCUUCAGUCCAAAGCAGCCAUCCAAAGUGACAAUGUCAUGGACGAAUUCCGAGAAUACCUAGUGCGAGGAAUAACCUCACUCGCCAGCUCAUUACCAGAAGACAUGCGAUCCGCAGCAACAUUUUCCGCACGACCCCUCGUCGCACCCUGCCACAGCGCAAUUCGCUCAGCAGACGAGAUUCAACAGACCCAACAAUGCACCCUACUCACCUUCUGCGUCGUCGGCACCCUCGAUACCCAAGUCCCCAACCCCGACUUCACCUUCACACCAUUCCGUCUCUUCCGCGUCCAGCAACAAGUCAACGACACAUUCGCCGAUCGUGAAGGCUUCAGCCGCGAGAUCAAUCAAGAACUCUUCUGCACAGACGUCCGCUCAGAAUCCAACGUCUCCGAAUCAGACAUAGCCUCAUCCAAACGCUCCGCAAUCCUCCGCAUGUGGCCAUCACGAAAACCCACAUCCCUCCCAUCGCGCCGCACCUCGCAAGAAUCCCUGGUUGACCUCAAAGCCGCAGCAUUGGGCGACAUCACCGUUCAAAAAGAAGUCAGAGUGGACGUCACCCGUUUGAACGAGAAUAACGCCGUUCAACAUGCGCGCGGAACUCACGACGCGGUCAUCGCGGCUGGCGAUGGAGCCAUCACGCCGACUACCUACGUCGAUGAACUUUACAGCCUCUGCUAUGCCCCGGGAAUUCGCCUGCGGCCGGAUUCGACAUUGCGUACAUCGCGGCACUCCAAUAAAUCAUAA